AAGCAGAGAUCCUCUUCCACCCGGUUCCCCCAGCCAAAGGCCAGGAGAGAGAGAAUUCAAAUUUUACUUAUCUGCAGCAGAUGGAAGUGGAUAGUCUAACAUCCACUAAGAAAUAUGCUGCUGAUAUUUCUUCCAUUAGAGAAGCACAACUCCGUAUCAAUUCAUAUGCGCACAAAACUCCAGUCCUUUCCUCAGAAACCUUAAAUUCCUUCUGUGGAAGAAAGCUAUAUUUUAAAUGUGAAUGUUUCCAAAAGGGUGGAGCAUUUAAAUUUAGAGGGGCCUGCAAUGCAAUAUUGUCACUUGAUGAUAGUCAGGCAGCAAAAGGGGUGGUAACUCAUAGCAGCGGUAAUCAUGCUGCAGCACUUUCUCUGGCUGCAAAAAUACGCGGCAUUCCUGCGUAUGUUGUCGUGCCUAAAAAUGCUCCAAAAUGCAAAGUGGAGAAUGUCAGGCGUUAUGGUGGCCAGAUUAUCUGGAGUGAGGCUGCCAUUGAGUCCAGGGAGGAAACUGCAACAAAGGUACUACAAGAAACCGGUGCUGUGAUGAUUCAUCCAUAUAAUGAUGGACGAAUUAUAAGUGGGCAAGGUACUAUUUCACUGGAGCUCUUGGAGCAGGUGCUAGAAAUUGACACAAUCAUAGUCCCAGUUAGCGGUGGUGGAUUGAUUUCUGGGGUGGCUAUAGCUGCUAAGUCCCUAAAACCUUCCAUUCGAAUUUUGGCAGCUGAACCUAAGGGAGCAGAUGAUGCAGCUCAGUCAAAAGCAGCUGGUGAGAUUGUUAAAUUACCUGAAACGAAAACCAUAGCUGAUGGGCUUCGAGCUUUUCUUGGAGAAUUCACAUGGCCUGUUGUCCGGGAUUUGGUUGAUGAUAUCAUUGUGGUUGAGGAUGGUGAGAUAGUGGAAGCCAUGAGGCAUUGUUAUGAGAUUUUGAAGGUUGCAGUUGAGCCAAGUGGAGCCAUUGGUCUUGCAGCUGUAUUAUCUGAUAGCUUCAGGAACAAUCCUGCUUGGAAGGACAGCGAGCAUAUAGGAAUAAUAGUUUCAGGGGGCAAUCUCGAUUUGGGCAUACUUUGGGAUUCCCUGUGCAAAGCAGAAUUGUAACAUAUUCUGCCAUGCUUCUCAUCACAGCAAAAGUUGCAGUGGCUGGAUCCUGCUUUGUCAUUCUUAAACUUGCUCAACCAUUAUUAUCAGAAGAUGUUUAUUGUCACCAGACUCAAACGGGCCAAUACUAGCAAAUCGUUGCAUCUUU